CUGCGCCUCCAACAACCUGAAGGUCACCAGAAACAGGAUGAGGAAGAAGAACUGCCCAGGAUGUAAACAAAGGAUGAGUCGCCAUGUUGGACUGAUUGACCGCGGAUUGUUCGUUUGGGUCGGACCAGAACCGGUCCGUUAGAACAGUUGGUUGUCUGAGAAGAGUCCAGACUCCGGUUCGGUUAAUCAUGCAGCAUCUCAGAACCGCAGAGGAAACUUUUAGCCGUCAGACCGAACUGGUCCUGCAGCUGCUGCUGGAGGCUGCUGUGGAAGUUCUGCUGGGACGGCAGGAACCAGCUGCUGAGGAGGUUCUACUGGGUCAGGAACCAGCUGCUGAAGAGGUUCUACUGGGUCAGGAACCAGCCGCUGAGGAGGUUCUACUGGGUCAGGAACCAGCUGCUGAGGAGGUUCUGCUGGGUCAGGAACCAGCCGCUGAGGAGGUUCUGCUGGGUCAGAAACCAGCAGCGGAAGAGGUUCUACUGGGUCAGGAACCAGCCGCUGAGGUGGUUCCGUUGGGUCAGAAACCAGCAGCGGAAGAGGUUCUGCUGGGUCAGCAGGAACCAGAAGAUAAGCGAAAGCAGCUGAGCAGCAUGUUGGAUCUGAUGUCCAGGGAGGCGGUCCGUAAGCUCUGCGGCGUCUUCAGAGAACUCUACCUGAACGUUCUGACGGAGAACAAAGCUCUGAGGGACAAAGUGAAACGACUGGAGGGCGAAGAACCACAGAACCUGAAACCCUGUGCAGCUGCCAAGAACCUCAAGGUUUCCAAAGCCCGAUCUUCAGUCAGAUCUGCUGGACUUCCUUUGGUCUCCGACCCGGUUCAGUCCCCCUGCAGUGACCCAGUUCCUGUGGUCCUCACCCAGCCGGCUCUCCAGCAGCCAAUCGGGAAGCAGAACGGCUGCUGCGCUCAGGAGGAAACGGAUCCAGCUGUUCCAGAUUCAGCUGAGGUCGAGGCUGAGGUGGUUUUAGAGACAACCCGGGUCUCUCCAGAACCCAUGACCGAAGAUGAACCGGCCAAUGAGCUUCCAGGUGACGACCCGGCCCACCAGGAGGAAGAUGUGACCGUGGCCGCAGAAACAACAACAGAACCAGAAGAACUGGACCACAGAGGUCCAGUUGAUCCGGAGAGCCUAAAAGCUCUGAGCGCGGAGCAGCAGAAGGAGCAGGAGCGGCUGAGGAGGCGGCAGCUCUACAAGGAGAAGCGCUUCUUCUGUGAGCUCUGCAACAAAGGCUUCCACCAGAACCACCAGCUGACCAAACACAUGGCCAGCCACCGCAAACCCUUCCCCUGCAACUCCUGCGACAAAGGCUUCUACAAGGCUCAGACGCUCCACAAGCACCAGCAGAGCCACCGGCUGAGGGAGGCGCAGGAGCGCGACCCGGACAAGCUGCUGCAGUGCGACCAGUGCAGCAGGAAGUUCCGGCUGCUGCGCCAGCUCCGCGUCCACCAGGCCUCCCAUCGGUUGGAGAAGACGCCUCUGGAGUGCCACGCCUGCGACCGCACCUUCACCUCCGCGGCCGCCCUCAGGUCCCACCAGGUGUCGCACGCCAAAGUCAAGCCGUUCAUGUGCGACGUCUGCGGGAAGAGCUUCACCCGGAAGAAGAGCCUCCGGGAGCACCAGACGGUCCACACGGGGGCGCGGCCGUACCCCUGCCAGACCUGCGGCAAGCGGUUCUCCACCAGCGGGAACCUGCGCGUCCACAAGCGCUCGCACUCCGACGAGCGGCCGCACAAGUGCGGCGAAUGCGACAAGGCCUUCAAAUGCAGGAUGGGGCUGAUGCAGCACCGGGUGGUCCACUCUGGAGAGAAGCCCUUCACCUGCCACACCUGCGGCCUGAGCUUCGGCCUCAAGUACAACCUGCAGCGACACCUGCACCUCCACAACGGAGAGAAGCCCCACAGGUGUCAUCAGUGUGGGGAAGGUUUCUCGGGGACCUGGGCUCUGAAGACCCACAUGCUGGUUCACGGGGUGGAGAAACCCUUCAUGUGCGACUGCUGUGGGAAAACGUUCUUCUACAACUGUCAGCUGCAGAAGCACCAGCAGCUGGUUCACGGCGACCCGGAGGGCCGUCUCUCCCGCGGGGAGCCCGGGCGCCGCAGAGCCGCAGGGGUCAAAGCGUUCAGCUGCAAAACGUGCCUGAAGAGCUUCAGCAGCAGCAGCACGCUCAGGAUGCACGAGAAGAGCCACCAGCAGAACAAGGAGUUCGCCUGCAGCACCUGCGGGAAGACCUUCCACCUGCGCCACAUGCUGCGCUACCACCAGCGGCAGCACAGCGGGGAGCGGCCGCACGUCUGCACCUUCUGCGGCAAAGGCUUCCUGCAGGCGUCGCAGCUGAAGCAGCACGAGCUGCUGCACACCGGCGUCAAGCCGCACCGCUGCGAGCAGUGCGGCAAGGAGUUCAGGACGCCCCAGAACUACCACCGCCACCUGCUGGUGCACACCGGCGAGAAGCCGUACCAGUGCAGCGUGUGCGGCCGCAGCUUCCGGCAGUCCAACCAGCUCAAGUCCCACAUGCAGAUCCACACCGGCGUCAAGCUGUACUCCUGCGACCGCUGCCGCCUGGGCUUCUCCGACUCCCGGCAGCUGAAGAAGCACCGCUGCGGGGACGACUCCCAGGACACGCCGGAGUCUGGCAGGAGGCAGAGGGAGGUCUUCCCCUGGACUCCCGACUUCAGCUAGGGAACCAGAAACUGGAUCAGCCACAAACACAAAGCUGCAAAAUGGGACCAUCUGACUUUCCUGGAGACCAACCAGAUGCCCGACUUCUCUGUCCAGACGGAGUGGAGGAGCUGUGCUCUGCAGAGUCACUGAACAUGACAAACCGUGGACUCCGCUGUGGCUUUCUGCUCUUCUUCUUCUCCCCGGCUCCACAGAGAUGCAGGUUCUGGUGGGAUUCACGGAGACAUCCAGGCAAACGUUCGGCGCUUCGCCUUUAAACUCAGGGAGGAAUUAUUCCGGUCUGCUCGGAUGGCCGUGUGUCGUCUUCGUGUUUCCGUUUGUCUGCCGUUCUGCUCAGAUUCACCUGAACGUAUCCAGCAUCAGCUCCCAGUUCGGAGUUUCUGGCAGAUCUAAGCCGACUGAAAAACUCUCACAUUCAAGUUUUGUUUUGAAGAACAGAAUAAAAUCCUUAUUUCCACCUGCA